UGAUUUAUCAUAAUGCAUCCAUUGUUAAUUUACAAGUACCCUAUAAGGCUUUGAAAGAAUCGAACGUGUUUGGUACAUUGAAUUGUUUGGAAUUUGCAGUAAAAUCGAAUGCUCGACUUGUUUACACAAGUUCUACAGCUUCAUUGCCUGCCACGAUCGAUUUUAAAGAAGAUUCAAAUGGAUGGAUAACAUUAACAUCGAAUGAUAUGAAUCUUAAAGACGGCUAUGGACAAUCAAAGGCUGUUGUUGAGCAAUUAUUACAUACUGCUUCAAAUUUGGGUGCCGAUAUUAUCGUUAUUCGGCCUUGUACGAUAUCAGCUGAUACUCGAACAGGUUAUAGCAAUCUUUUCGAUUUCAUCAAUUUGCUUCUACUUGCCGAAGUUGAAAUGGGAUGUAUGGUUGAAAAUGCUGAUUUACAAUUGCAUUCUGUACCAGUAGAUUAUUGUUCCACGGCCAUCGUUGCUUUAGCUAUGCAUCCUGAUAGUAGUGGAUAUUGUUUUAAUUUCUAUGGAAAUGGAUUGCGUAUUUCAUAUCUACAUAAUGCACUUAUUCAACGAUUACCUGGUGUCAUAAAGAAAAAAAUCGAACAGAACAAUUGGAAACAAUAUGUAUUGAAAAAUCUGUCUGAGAGUAGUCUAGCAUGGCGAAUGAGAGACCAAAUUGCUUCAAUGAUAUUUACAAGUGGACAUGUUCAACCAGAAAAAUCCGGUGUUCGAGUAGAACUGACUAAACAAUUUCUCGAGCAGAAAUGUAAUUUGAAUUGGUUCGAAGUAACAGAAGAAGAUUUAAUGAAAUCAAUUGAAUAUUUGAUUAAUGUUGGAUUUCUAUCCCAUCGAUUAUCUUAA